GUGGGAGGAGGGACGGCUCGGAUCCUCUCCCAAGAGGGUUGCGAAAGCCCGUCCCGUCCUGAGCAAGCCUCCUUUCGCUCCGGGACGCGCCAUGGCCAGGAGGAAGGUGGCUAUCUGCAGCUGGCUGGGCUUCGUGGCUCUCCUGGCGAUCUUCCUGCUGGGGCUCUUGGUGGGAUGGUGCGUGAAAUCGUCGAACAAGCCAGCUGGCACAACACACGUCUUUCGAAAUGCAAGAAGGCAACUUUUUGCAGAACUGAAGGCGGAAAACAUCCGGGAAUUUCUGCGCUCUUUCACGAAGCUCCCUCAUGUGGCAGGAACAGAACAAAAUCUUCACCUGGCAAGACGGAUACAAGCCCAGUGGAAGGAAUUUGGCUUGGAUACAGCCGAGCUGGUUCAUUACGAUGUCCUACUUUCCUACCCAAAUCAAAGCGCCCCCAACUAUGUUGCCAUUACCAAUGAUCAUGGAAACGAGAUUUUCAACACGUCACUCUUUGAGCUUCCUCCUCCAGGAUAUGAAAACGUCUCAGAGGUGCUGCCGCCAUAUAACGCUUUUUCGGCGCAAGGCACGCCAACGGCAGAUCUGGUGUAUGUGAAUUACGGCCGCACCGAAGACUUUUUCAAACUAGAGCGUGAGAUGGGAAUCAACUGUACAGGAAAGAUUGUCAUUGCCCGAUAUGGGAAAAUAUUCCGAGGAAACAAAGUUAAAAAUGCCAUGUUAGCUGGAGCUAAAGGGAUUAUCCUUUACUCAGACUCUGCGGAUUACUGUGCCCCUGGAAUUGAGCCCUAUCCGCAUGGGUGGAAUCUCCCUGGAGGAGGAGUGCAGCGCGGGAAUGUCUUAAACCUCAACGGUGCAGGAGAUCCCCUUACCCCGGGGUAUCCAGCCAAAGAAUAUACCUUCAGAUACGGAGUUGACGAUGGAGUAGGGAUUCCCAGAAUCCCAGUUCAUCCCAUUGGCUACCACGAUGCUGAAAUUUUAUUACGGUCCAUGGGAGGUCCUCCACCUCCAGAUGAGAGUUGGAAGGGAAAUCUCAAUGUGUCCUAUAACAUUGGGCCCGGAUUUUCCGGCACCUACUCCAGAAGGAAAGUCAGAAUGCACGUUCACACAAUCAAUAAAAUCACGCGAAUAUACAACGUUAUUGGGACCAUCAAAGGAGCCGUGGAACCUGAUAGGUAUAUAAUUUUGGGAGGCCACAGAGAUUCUUGGGUCUUUGGCGGCAUUGACCCAACCACUGGGGCAGCCGUCCUUCAAGAGGUGGCUCGGAGUUUUGGCAAGUUGGUGAAGAAAGGUUGGAAGCCUAGGAGAACAAUAAUUUUUGCCAGCUGGGAUGCGGAAGAAUUUGGGCUGUUGGGUUCCACCGAAUGGGCAGAGGAGAAUGCCAAAAUUCUUCAAGCACGGGCUGUGGCUUACAUCAACUCGGACUCUUCUAUAGAAGGCAACUACACAUUAAGAGUAGACUGCACUCCUCUUCUCAAUCAAUUGGUGUAUGAUCUGACAAAAGAGAUAGUAAGCCCUGAUGAUGGAUAUGGAAGCAAAACCCUCUAUGAAAGCUGGCUUGAGAAAGACCCAUCCCCAGAAAGUAAGACUCUGCCCAGGAUCAGCAAGCUCGGAUCAGGCAGCGAUUUCGAAGCUUUCUUCCAGCGGCUGGGGAUCGCGUCCGGCAGAGCCCGGUACACUAAGAAUAGGAAAGUAGACAAAUUCAGUAACUACCCUCUCUACCACACCACGUACGAGACCUUUGAAUUAGUUGAGCGGUUUUACGACCCCGAAUUCAGGAAGCAGCUUGCCGUUGCUCACCUCCGGGCAGGCUUGGUCUACGAACUGGCCGAUUCCCAGGUCCUUCCUCUCCGUUGCCAAGAUUAUGCAGAAGCGUUGAGGACUUACGCCGACGGAAUCUACGAUGUAGCCAAGGGGCACAAAGCGCAGCUGAGAACCUACCAAGUAUCGUUUGAUCCUCUCUUUUCUGCUGUGGCUAAUUUCACGGAGGCAGCUGCUGAUUUUCACCAUAGAUUAUCACAGCUUGAUCAGAACGACCCCAUUGCAGUGCGGAUGGCGAAUGAUCAGCUGAUGCUUCUGGAGAGAGCGUUCAUCGAUUCCCUUGGGUUGCCAGGCAGGCGGUUUUACAGACACAUCAUCUUUGCUCCAAGCAGCCGCAACAAGUAUGCAGGUGUGUCUUUCCCUGGAAUCUAUGAUGCCAUGUUCGAUAUCGACAGCAGGACAGAUCAACGCAAAGCUUGGGAAGAAGUCAAGAGGCAAAUCUCUGUUGCAACUUUCGCGGUUCAGGCUGCUGCAGGAACACUGAAAACUGCGUUGUAGGAUAGUUGGGAGCAGCAGGAAAAACUAUUUGCAUUGCAUGCCCAGAAAGCUGAUUCUUCUCAACACAGACAUAAUAUUCAAACAGCAGCACCAUGAGGCUACUUCCCUUGUCAUGUUCAGUGCUCAUGAUCAGAAAGACCCAUCAGAAAGUUUGACUGGAGGGGAUGGAAAGUUAGACUGUCCCCACCCCCCAGGACCUUGGAAGAAGGGUUGGGAUAAACAUUAUUAAAAAAUGGACUUAGCAAGAGAUCUUCUUUGCUGCUCAUCUACACUUCCAACCCAGACUGACGACAACAAGAAUACUUUUUAAUCAGACAGUGCUACUUCUGGCAGUUUUAAGCAUUCACUCACAUGCCAUUUCUAAACUGUCCUAAGCCAGCUCUAAAGCUCUCGUUUACAGCAUGGGCCAAGACUGAGCACAUUUCCAGCAAAGUGUGCAGCUGCCAGUGAUUUUGAUAGCCACAGUGGAAGAAUUAUAUGUUUUCAGCACCAGCCACCACUUAACCUUGCCUGGAACAGUAUUUCACUCAGAAGCCCAGCUGAAUCCAUUUCACCUUGCAUUCAUUUGACGCUACUCACUAGUUCAUCUAAUUCCACUCCUCCUUCCCUGGCUGUUUGCAGUUUCCACCUCUAUACUACAGCAGUGAUAUAUGGUUUGCAUGAAACACACAAGACUGCAGCUGGGCUACCGCAGAAUAAAUACUCAACAAUCAUAACUCAGAUGCUAUUGGAAGGAGGGUUUCCCUUCAAAGCUGAGUAGAAGAAGCACCUGGAUGUAGAACAAAAAUGAAGAGUGAAAUGACAUUAAAAUUCUAUUAAAUGUUCAGUGUGGUUGUGACUACAGUUACCCAUUUAAAGAAGCACUAUGUGUAACCGCUCUUAAAAUAAAAAAUAUCAGUGUACCUUCUACAUCGUUUUACCACCAUAAAGAAAGCCA